GCGUCUGCUUCACAUGGUGGAGCAGAUGAAGCGGAUCAGUCGGACGGAUGCCCGAAUCUUGGCACAGCUUCUGCUGAUGGUGACGCAGACGCUACUCAUAGUGCUGGAGAUUCAGAGGAUGGCAAUGAAGUUCAUCCGGGUCAUACGCCGACUUCUCCUACGUCACUGGAGCCUAAUUGUGGCGGUUGUGGCCGUCGGCGUGGCCGUCGCACCGAGGUUGCUGGAGAAUCUGAUCUUCUUGCUGGACAACUUGCCCAUCACUAGUGCUUUUGCCAUCUCCACCACGCAGAUCGCUAUUCAGGCGUCCCUCAUCCAGGCGGAUUGGUUUCAGCCCGACGCGCCCGAGCUUGCUCCAGGUGUGGCAGUGGCGAAGGCCAAUGGCGAGGAUGCUGGAGUCAUUGAGUGCCAGGAUGGUGAACAAUGGCAAGUCAAGUUGACUUCCCCUCGGGGCAAGCAGGCCUACCUCGCGAGCAGCUGCAAGCUUGAAAUUCAGAGCUCCAAGUUCUUGUGGAUUUGCCAUCGGUCUGACUACAGGGAGAAGUUCUUCUACGGGUCGGAAGAUGUUUCCCGCGAGGACCUGGAGAAUGUCCUCCAUCAACUGGAUGACAUCAACUUCAGACUCGAUCGUCUGACCAACACUCUCGGGCAGAAGCUUGACGUUGCCAUGAGGUUAAUCUCCGACGAGUACGACAGCAUGCUUGGGGAAUGA